UAAAGGCCCUGAGCGGUCGCUUAGUUGGCCUAUGCCUAAAGCUGGAUCCGGAUACUUGUCUAGAUCAAAAAUAAAAAAAUGUUGUACUUGUCUUCCCAUACAGACCUUUACAAGUGUAAUGUGAAAUGAGACCUUGGGUAACGAUGGACAAGGGCUUUAAAUUUGUUUGGUCAUUUCUAGCUCAGGGGACCUCUGUUUUUAUUGUUUCCUUAUUUAAGUAGGGACCUCUGUUUCGUAUCCUUUUGAACCUUUCCCUUAUUACUUUGCUUAACACACUCCCAUCUCCACGACAAAUUCCCUCUCUCUCUCUCUCAUACACAUAUGUCUCUAUGUAGAACUUUGGUAUGUUGUUUGGAGGCAUUGCCAACUGGGUCGGUCCAGUACUAGAAAGCAUGAGUGCUGCUCAACCUCACAAUCCAGAAUCAGAAAGCAGCUCCAACUCAUUAUCUCCAUUAUUAUCCUCAUCACCUCCACCCUCACCUGGGUUAACUCAGUCAGACCCAAACACAAACCCACUCAAACCCCGACCCGAACCCGAGCCACAAGACCCAGAAACCAAAAAGGCCAAAAGGAUCCGAGAGUGCCCCGGCAAACACCCGGGUUACCGUGGGGUCCGAAUGCGAGCUUGGGGCAAAUGGGUAUCCGAAAUCCGCGAGCCGAGAAAGAAAUCCCGCAUAUGGCUCGGCACAUUUCCCACUGCCGUGAUGGCAGCGCGUGCACACGACGCGGCCGCCAUGACCGUCAAGGGGAAAGGCGCCGUGCUCAAUUUUCCCGAGCUGGCCGGGACCCUGCCCCGGCCUGCUUCGCUCUUGCCCCGCGAUGUGCAGGCCGCGGCGGCCAAAGCGGCUGCGAUGAGCAAUUUGGACUUGCCGUCCCUGGUUUCGGGAAUGGAGAUGUCGAGUCCCGAUGAGCUGUGUGAAAUCGUUGAGUUGCCGAGUUUGGGGGCGAGUUACGAUCAGUCGGCUGAGUUGAACAGGGAGUUUGUUUAUGUUGACUCGGUGGAUGGUUGGAUGUAUCCUCCGCCUCCGCGGUUGGACGGCGGCGACGAUGAUUGUCAGCUGGCGGUGCCGGAGACAGUAAUCCAAAGUAGUUUCGACUCGUUGUGGUGGACUUAUGGUCAGUGUUGAAACCUUGAAACUGAUGUGUAUAUAUGUGCUACAUAAGUUAGUUCUUUAAUUUGGUUUC